AAAAGAUGAUGAGGUGGAAAACGAGCAAGAGAAACAGAAUGAAAGCGAAAAGGAAAUGGCUAAUAAAGCAGCUGGAAAAGAAGAGGAAAAAGUUUCAGGGAAAGAAGUUCAGAAUGAAGAAUAUGAGAGUUGAUACCAUAAUAACCACUGUCAUGGAGGAUAUCCACAGAGAUGAUGAAGUUUUAAAACAGAGAGAAGAAAAUUUGAAUAAGGAGAAAGUGGUUUCUCAAGAAGAUGAUGAAGUUUUAAAACAAAGAGAAGAAAAUUUGAAUAAGGACAAAGGGAAGAAGAUGGUUUCUCAAGAUCCUCCAAUGGAAAAGGAGAAAGUGGUCAGAACAACAAAGAAAAUUGUUGAAGCAAUGUGCUCUCCCUACAAUGUCAGAGCAGUGAAUCUGAAAGGAAAGCUGAAUAAAGAAGAGAGAGAAAUAAUGUACUGGUUGAUGGCAGAUGAAGAAAGUGAACAUUAUGAGGUAGUUUAUGAGAACGACAAGAUCACAUUGUUCAAGAUUGACUUCCACAGCCUUGCUCCACGUACAUACGUCAGGAUCAACAUCAUAGAUGCAUGGGUUGUGUUCCUCAACCACAAUGAAAAAUUCAAAUCAAAGGCAUCACCGAGUCGUCUUUUCAUCAACACCACACCUACGAUUUACAACAUUACUGCAAGGAGAUCUGGUUGGACUGAAGCAGAGAGUCGAGAAAGAUUUUGCUCAAACUUGAAUGAAUUUGUGUCAAAGAUUGAAAAUUUCAAAUGGGAAAAUUAUGACCUGAUAUUCUUUCCGAUCUGGGCGUAUGAACAUUAUUAUAUCAUCUGCUUCAAUCUCAAAAUGCAAAUGAUGGAUGUGAUUGACAAUUCUCUGGUUAGUGAAGAUUUACUUGAGAAGAAAUAUGAAGAUGCACCAAGUACUCUGAGAAAUUUCUUCCGAACUUAUCUUGGAAAUGGAGUCAAUCCAUCAAUGGGAAGAACUGUCAAACUGUCAAAAACCAGAUACAUGAAUAUGCCAUGGCAGAACGAUACAAAUAAAGUUGACUGUGGAAUUUAUGUGAUGCGCCAUUUGGAGACUUACAUGGGUGGUCCUGUUCGUAACUGGAAUUCGGGUUUAACGAAGAAGGGAACAGAGUCUUUCAUAAAACUCCGUGCCAGAUAUACUGAAGCAUUGCUUAUUGGAGAUACUAACAAGAAGGCUUUUGAGACACUUACAAUGAUAAAGAAGAAGUUUGAGAAUGACAGCAAAAAAGGAGAAAUUGAUGUUGAAAAGAUGAUCAGAGAAUUUGAACCCCUUGUAUACUAACUUAUAUGACUUGAUAAUAGCGUUUUGUAAUAGUGGUUUCGAAUAUAAUCACCCAAAAUUAUCAUUUUA